UAAUCUCGAAAUGGGGAGUAUCAUGAGGGCGUCAAUCGCGCGCCUUGCGAAUGCGCUUGGAUCCGGCGGAGCGCUCGCCGGUAGGAUGAUUCGCGAAGAGCAGUCCGUGCGGCACGACCAGGCGAGAUUCUUUUGGUCGAUUUCAAGAGCGAUCAGCAGGGGUGAUCGCAAAGCUGCGAAUCUCAAGGAGCGAGCCAAGAUAAUGGAGGAUAUCGAUCAAGGCUAUUUCUUUGACUUCAAGGACUUCAAGAAACACAGUGGAAAGGUAGUAGCGACGAGCACAGCGCUAGACCCUCCAGCAUCAGCGACCAUCUUUCCAAAGUCGACAGUCUACACUCCAACGAGGGAGUCAUCUAUCUUUCCAUUGAACAAAAACUCUUGCGUUACGUUGGUGUGCUUGUCAUUCCGAAACAGUGCCGAGGCAAUGGUGGAUUCCUGGGUCUCGCCACUUCGAGAAGCUUUCCCUUCCACGAGUGACAUCCAAGUCAUUGAGCUUUCAUGGGUGGAAUCCGGAGUUUUAUCCUUCGUCCCGGUGAGGCACUUGUUUCUCAUGUGCAUAAACUCGUCCAAAUCGUGCACGAAGGCUGACAGGAAGCUACUCUACGCAUUUGGUGAUUCUUACGACUUCAGGAAAGACCUACGCGUUACGAAUCGAUUAACUGGGUAUAUGUUUCUGGUCGAUCGCGCUGGUCGCAUAAGAUGGAGAUCUAGUGGACAAGCCUCACCUGAGGAAGCCUCCCAUCUGGUAUCGUGCACGGCAAGUUUGCUACAAGAAUCAUAGCUUGGAACAAUUUGAGCUUGGAGCUUAUUCGAAGAAAGAACUUUCAUUGGAUUUACUCGGGCUGAAUAGAAGUUAGUCCCUCAAGCAAAAAACGAAGAGCAACACUGCUGAAAGUUUA